ACCGAGCAUGGCAGAGCGCGCUCCACCCCUAUUUUCCAUACAUGGGAGCUGGAGUGGGGGGCGGAGCUGAGGGGAGGCGCUCCCAGUCCCUCUAAGAAGCUGCUAGCCCACAGGGAAACAUUUGGAUCCGUUCAGCUCCCGCGGAGAAGCGAGACCGGAUCACCGACGUGGGCAGAGGACUACCGGGGGCCAGCAGAAAUUCUGCCCCUUCUUCCCGCGAGCGCUUUCCCGCCCUCCAAACCCCACUCCCAGGUAGGAUCGCGCUCCUGAGUCUGCCUGCGUGGACUGCGAGGACCAUAAAUAGAGGCGGAAGCGUUUAAAUAAACCGUGUGUUCUAACCGUGCUUAGGUUUAUUUUACAGAGGUGGCCAUGGCCUCAUCGCCCACUCGGGGCCCCAGGGUUUCUGACUUAUUUUCUGGGCUGCCGCCGGCGGUCACAACUCCCGCCAACCAGAGCGCAGAGGCCUCGGCGGGCAACGGGUCGGUGGCUGGCGCGGACGCUCCAGCCGUCACGCCCUUCCAGAGCCUGCAGCUGGUGCAUCAGCUGAAGGGGCUGAUCGUGCUGCUCUACAGCGUCGUGGUGGUCGUGGGGCUGGCGGGCAAUUGCCUGCUGGUGCUGGUGAUCGCGCGGGUGCGCCGGCUGCACAACGUGACGAACUUCCUCAUCGGCAACCUGGCCUUGUCCGACGUGCUCAUGUGCACCGCCUGCGUGCCGCUCACGCUGGCCUAUGCCUUCGAGCCACGCGGCUGGGUGUUCGGCGGCGGCCUGUGCCACCUGGUCUUCUUCCUGCAGCCGGUCACCGUCUAUGUGUCGGUGUUCACGCUCACCACCAUCGCAGUGGACCGCUACGUCGUGCUGGUGCACCCGCUGAGGCGGCGCAUCUCGCUGCGCCUCAGCGCCUACGCUGUGCUGGCCAUCUGGGCGCUGUCCGCGGUGCUGGCGCUGCCCGCCGCCGUGCACACCUAUCACGUGGAGCUCAAGCCGCACGACGUGCGCCUCUGCGAGGAGUUCUGGGGCUCCCAGGAGCGCCAGCGCCAGCUCUACGCCUGGGGGCUGCUGCUGGUCACCUACCUGCUCCCUCUGCUGGUCAUCCUCCUGUCUUACGUCCGGGUGUCAGUGAAGCUCCGCAACCGCGUGGUGCCUGGCUGCGUGACCCAGAGCCAGGCCGACUGGGACCGCGCUCGGCGCCGGCGCACCUUCUGCUUGCUGGUGGUGGUCGUGGUGGUGUUCGCCGUCUGCUGGCUGCCGCUGCACGUCUUCAACCUGCUGCGGGACCUCGACCCGCACGCCAUCGACCCUUACGCCUUUGGGCUGGUGCAGCUGCUCUGCCACUGGCUCGCCAUGAGUUCGGCCUGCUACAACCCCUUCAUCUACGCCUGGCUGCACGACAGCUUCCGCGAGGAGCUGCGCAAACUGUUGGUCGCUUGGCCCCGCAAGAUAGCCCCCCAUGGCCAGAAUAUGACCGUCAGCGUGGUCAUCUGAUGCCACUUAGCCAGGCCUUGGUCAAGGAGCUCCACUUCAACUGGCCUCCUAGGGCACCACUCGAGGUCAAUCUGGUGCUUAUUCUCAGCACCAGAGCUAGCUAAGCCAACAUAGGGCAACAUUUCCAGCCCAGCCCUCUUGUCCGGCUGUCUGUCUUGUCCUUGUGUGUUUGUAAAAUGUUAAGCGGGCUUUGGUGAGAGUCUUGCUCUUUGCUUGGGGGAGGCCAAAGAGAGGGAAGAGGAUUUCUUAUUUCUUCUUUAUGCCCUUGAAGGACAAACAAAACUUUUUCUCCACGUUCAGAAAAGUAUUUCAGAACCACGAUUGCCUUCCUGGCGUCCCCUCCUCCUGCUCGUUGGUGAAAUGAACAAUAUGAAUGGGAUUUAAAAGGAAUGCAUUGGGCUUGGUAAAGAUUUUCAGUUUGCCUUUAGAAAAAGGACCCAGCUGAGAGUACCAUGAUAUUGCUUAGUCCAUUUGAACCCUUGCAUUCCUAGAAUUUCAGGUAAAUAUGUAUUAAAACUCUACAUCUAGGAUUUCAGCAUUUCCUGAGUAAGACCUUUAUAUGCCAAAAGGGUUUCGUUUUAAAACCACUUGAGUUUAUAGUACAAAAACACCUACAAGCUCCCUUUAGAAAGGUCUUGCUAUUUUUUCUCCCCUUUCCUCCCCAACUACUAUUUAAAAAUGAUGAGAUGAAUUAGUCAAUGAAGAGAUAGAUAAAUAAAGAGGAAAAGGUCCAAUUCACUUAAGAGGUCAUUCAGUUGUACCUAAGGACAGACAUCCUCUGUGUAUGUGUGUUUGUGUAUGUGUGGGUACACAUUCAGUGUUUGCCACAAAGUGGGCACUCAAAUAUUUGGUUUUCUGAAUACUCAAUGUAAACUGUAUAGCGUGGCAUUCUCCUGCAGUCUCUAAUUGCUCACUUGCAACAGAUCAACAGCUGUCAUCUGACUGCUCAGCACCUGCUCUGUAGUGAUUCUUGGAACAUGAUCAACCCAGAAAUCAAGGACCGGCAGAAGUUUACUUAAGGACAGAACAGAAGAAUAAGCUACCACCCACAUGAUGUGUAGAUCAAACACUAAUUACCUCCAGGGCUAAGGGAACAGGUGAAGACUGUGGAGCAUGAUACCAGGCUGAUAAUCAUCACCUUAACCUCCUGUGAGUUCUGUAAAUGAGGACAAGUGCCUUGGGACAAAGGUCUCCACACUGUUGGAAAAGCAACUUGGGCAGUGAGGGCAGGAGUCUUGGGAAAUGAUACAUAAUAUCCAGCUGUCAGAUUAGCCUCUGUGUUCCCAGUAACUCAGUCACCAUCUGUAGGGUUCAACUACUUUCCCAGCUCACUGAACACAAGAAUCACUGUUUCACCUCCUCCUGCUUCUCUUAUUCAGAAAUAAGCUCAAUUCAUUCAUUAAAAUGUGCCCUAAAAGGAAAGGAAAGAGGGAUGAUAUGGGAAUGACAAGGGUUCAAUCCUAUUACAUUCAUGUCAACAACCACGGUGGGAGUGGGAAUGAUCACGGUUGGGCUGGUUAGCAUAGGAAUCUUUAGUAGUUACAGGGCUAGACUUUUUGCACACAGUAAAGGGUAGGAAAGGCUGGCUUGGGAGAAAGGAAAAGGCAGGCAAAGAUGGGUAUGGAGGUUACCUCUGGCAAUGGUGCUAAAUGAACUUGAGCUUCAUCCAUCGAUUGGAGAACAAAGAACCUGUGUGCUAAUAGUGCAACCUACCCCUGCCCCAGAUGAGCUCAUCUCCCAGGCAUCCUGAGGACUGGCUCCUGUGCUUCCAGCAGCUAUAUUACUUGGGAGGCUCAGGGCCAGACAUUUCUCAUUUCCUCAGAGUUCCUUUGAUGGUCAUGUGUGGAGAGUGUAGAUGGUAGAGGGGAAGGAGAGGGAUUAUUUGGGGAGGGAUCUGAUUCAUCGUCGGCUCUUUGUUGGAAGGUUUGAAUCACUGGUUCUCAACCCUGGCUGCUCCUAGAAUCACCUGGGGAACUUUUUUUUUUUUUGUAAUUGAUGUCUGGGCUCUCCUCCCAAGAGUCUAGUUGAUUUGAGAUGGUGCCUGGACACUAGCAUUUUCCAAAGCACUUCAGGGGAUUUUAAUGUGCAACCAAGAUUAAACACCUUAAGAAUUAUCCUUUCUAGGGCUGGGCAUGGUGGCUCACACCUGUAAUCCCAGCAUUUUGGGGGACCGAGGCAGGCAGAUCACAAGGUCAGGAGUUUGAGACCAGCCUGGCCAACGUGUUGAAACCCUGUCUCUACUUAAAAUACAAAAAUUAGCCAGGCGUGGUGGCGCACGCCUGUAAUCCCAGCUACUCGGGAGGCUGAGGCAGGAGAAUUGCUUGAACCCAGGGAGGCAGAGGUUGCAGUGAGCUGAGAUUGUGCCAGUGUACUCCAACCUGGGCGACAGAACAAGACUCCAUCUCGGGGUGGGGGCGGGAAUCCUCUUUCUAAUGAAUCUCAGAAACAUCCGAAUGAAGCUUUAGUUGCACCUGCCAAAGGUGUUAAUAAUUUGGAGCUGAAUUUGACGGUGUUACAUGCCAUACUUAGAGAAUACUCUUUUAGUCUUCAGGCAAUACCAGCUCAAUCACAAAGAGGCAAAUUAUUGAAAUCAGAAUAUAUAGGGAUUCGUUCAACAGUUUACUUACAUAUUUCUUAUGUAUCAGUCCAAUCAAUUCAGAAGGAAUAUCAUCAUUCAACCUUAGGUCAAUUGUAUUAUAAAGUUACAUACCAUGGCCAGGUACCAUGGCUCACAUCUAUAAUUCCAAAACUUUGGGAGACCGAAGAGGGAGAAUUGCUUGAGCCCAGGAGUUCAAGACCAGCCUGGGAAAUAUGGCAAAACUCCAUCUCUUCAAAAAAUAGCCGGACGUGGUGGUGCACACCUGUGGUCCCAGCUACUUGGGACACAAAGGCAGGAGGAUCACUUGAACCUGGGAGGAUCACUGGGCUGCAGUGAGCUAUCAUUACACCACUGCACUCAGUCUCAGUGACAGAGCAAAAUCUAGUCUCAAAAAAACAAAAAAACAAAAACAACAAAAAACAAAUUUACAUACCAUGAAUUAUUUUAAAUCCUGGUUGUCAGGGUGUUAGAAAAAGUGCUCCCUGAUUAGCUUAAGUUUAUAUCAACUAUGAAAAACAAGCAUCUCCAUUAAUUACUAGAAAAGCUGCCACUGGUUUGUGUCAUGCCUACAACUUAAGUUUGAAACACUUACAUGGACUUUAUAAAGAGCUUAAAGAGGUUGGAGAAUUAGAUUGUGCUUAUAAACAUCUUUACAUAUUAUGAAAAUCAGCAACGGAACAGCAAUUAAUUCUUACAACAUCUGAAAUGUGUUGUGGACUAGUUUAUAAAUCAAACUGAAUUUCAAAAAAAUCAGAGGUGAGUCCCAGAGAGAACUGCGUAGGACUGUAGGUAGAAAAUUUUAUUUAAUAAUUCAUUUUGGUUAAUAUCAAGCAUCUAAGAUGUAUACACAGUCCUCUUCCUGCAAGGAGUAAUACAGGCAGUCAGGCUGGGAACUGAGCCAACUUGGUACUUGGCAGCAGCUCUUCUCAAGGCUGAUGGGAGGUUCUGUAAUCCUCUUUGCAAGCUUUGUCACCAGGUCUCAGUUUUGGCAGCCAAUCAAUAGAUUUAUCUCAUUAAACUGGCAGAAGAGUGUUUCAAUGUAUGCUCCAACAGCUACCUGGAAAUAGCAAUUGUGAGAGAUGCUAAGGUAAGGAUAUUCCAGUUCCUAUAACCGUCUGAUUUUUUGUCCUUGUGAAUUUUCAAUCUGCUGUUUUACUGGGAUAGCUAAGUUCCAGGUUUAUUUUCUCAGGUAGGCUCACCCACGACCUCUGUCCUGUGGUUUGCAUUCCUGAACAUCUGUUAGUCUUUCAAAUGCAAGGCACAAAACUAACCUCAAGAGUGUGGCUAGAUCUGGGAGUGAACACAGGGCCUGUCCCUCACAGACGAGAGGUCAGGAGCACCUUUGUUUCCCAAGGCAGGUUCUUGAUUGAUUUACCUUCAUGCGUUGAUGUCUUUGCUAUGUGUGUAAGAUGCAUGUGUUGCUGAAUCACAUGUGAAGCUCUACAUGCUGGGGUUUAUACUGUGUUUGGCAUGUUGUGGGAGCUCAAUAAAUACUAAAUCAGUU